UUUCUCGUUUAUAUAGAGGUCGCCAUCAGCAUGAUUAGGUUGCUCAAGGUGGUAUUCCUGACUGCAGUGCUGGUCAUGGUCAGUCAAUUGAAGGACUUUGUCAGUGGACAACAACUGGCCACCAGACCCCUGCUGCAGGGCUACUACGUGUUCAGCCACGAGUCGCCGUACUUGUCGCAGUUCAACUUCUUCGGCGCAUACCAGUACUGCCGGUCCAUCGGCAUGUCCCUCAUCAGCUUCGAGACGGUGGAGGAGGUGGACACAAUAGCCGAGUACCUGCGCAAUUCCAGUGACGGGAGCCAGUACAACGCGAGUCUGGCCAAGUUCUGGGCCGGGGCCGGGGCCAACGUGUAUGCAGGCAGCACCAGCACCAAUAAUCAGCUGGCGGGACGACAACAGCUGCUGCAGGGAGCUGGAGGAGGAGGAGGUGCUGGUGCUGGUGGUGUCUACAGCAGCCAGGCCGACGGUCCAUACAGCAACCAGGACUGCAUGGAACUGGCCCCCGGACCGCAGUUCCAGCCGGCGUCGUGCGACCGUCGCCUCCAGUACAUCUGCGAGUCGGCGCAGUACUUUUACGUGAACCGGCGUCCGGGCGUCGUGGCGACGGCGGCGGUGGCGGCAGCCAACGCCAGACCGUCUCACCAGUACAGCACGGCUGCGAGGAACGUGUCGCGGCGGUGAUGUGAAGGGGAUGAAGUGGCC